AAGUCGUCUUGUUGCAAAUCGUUUCGGACCCGGGAUCUGGCAACGUCUGCCAAAAAGUUUGCCUUAAAAAAAAAAUUUCGAUACAAUAUAAAACACGUGCGUGAAUCAAAAAUAGUAUAUCAAUUUUUAAAAAUAUUUUUAAAAUUCAAUUACGUUUAAAAAGAAAAUAAUUUUUUUUUUAUUAUUGUAUUUUAAAUAGAAAAUUAGUUUUUAUAACAAUUUUUUUUAUGCGCGAUAUAGUAAGUUAAAGACCUCUAUAAGUGGAUGUUUAAUUUCUUACCGGAGAAUUUGAACCUAACUCUCCUUGGGAGCGUGGGACAUUUUAUAAUUAACAGUGAUUGUUUAGCAUUUUUUUUUUUCUAUUUUUUUAUGCUGACAGACUCAGAAGCCUGAAUGCGAUUUCUAAGAUGUUUGUUCCAUUUACUAGUUUUAUAUUAACGGUGAUGGUGCUAAAUAUUGAAUGUGAAGGAUGUUCAGAUUAUGGUUGUCCCUUGGGACCACCAAUUUAUGAACCAUUUCUUCCCGCUGCCCCAGGAAAUACUCCACAUUGCGCACAACCGGGUCAAACAUUUUGCGAAGUUUUGGACCACUAUCCACAGCAACUUAUAAAUUUUCUCGUCGAAAAAUGUACAUUUGAUUUCAAAACCAUUCUUAAGAAUGAAUCACCUGAUGAUUUCAACUCCAAUAGGCAAGUUCCAAAUUAUAAUCAAGGAUACGAAUACAAUAAACCAAAGGCGCCUCAAAGUUUUUCACAAAAUUUGCCAUUACUAACGAACCAUCAAUUUCGUCAACCAGAAUUGGUUUAUGGAACACCAUUUAAUUCAACUUAUCAAACAAAUAGAAGUCCUUUUAUACUCCCCUCAUCUUCAAUUAUUGGAAAUUAUCAUCAUCAUCAAAAUCAACAACAAUUUCGCCAAAAAUCUGAUGUCUCACCGAAUAAAUAUUAUCAGCCUCUUGAUCCACAAAAUUUAAGUCAAAGUUUUUGGAUAAAUAGAUUUACACGUGAAAAUGACGUGGGUUUAUCAUUACGAACAAAUCGUAAAAAUCCACUAUUAGAAUUUGUCAAUAGUAAAAAAAGAGGAGAACGCACAAAACGACAAAAUAGUAAUGCAAUUUCAAUUUGUCCAACAAUGACAAAAUUUGUUUAUCCACGUGCAGCGCUUAAUAAUCAGGGAAAUUGGAUGUACAUUGUUAAUACUGAGGAAAUAACAAAAAAACAUUCACAAAUUAUCAGAAGUGAAGUCUGCGAAACCGAAAUGUGUAACGAAUUAUGUACACUUCCAAUUGGUUACACGAGCAGAUGUACGCAACAAUAUGUGCAAAAAAGACUCGUUGCACUCGAGGGAAGCGGUGAUCGUUUAUAUACGGAUAUUUUUUGGUUUCCACAUGGUUGCAUGUGUCAAAUUAUGGCGGAAUUUUGAAUAAUUAUUUUUUACAGGGCUGUUUAUGUCAUGUUUUCAAUUUUAUUAUUAUAAGAAAUUUUAAAAUCAUAAAUUUUUUACACCGUGCCAAUUUUUUUUUUUUUUUUCAAAAAUUGUUGAUUUUAAACUUUACCUACAGGAAUUUUUUUUAUUUUUAUAGAAUAAGUAAAGAAAAAGCUGUGAUAGGCUGACUAAGAAAUAGAAUAAUUUAAGAAAUUGUAAUUUCUA